CGGCCCGUCCGAGCUGUCGCUGCACCACACCGACCCCCUCGCCCGCCCACCGCUCUCCGCCAGAGCGACCCGCCGCCACCAUGUCUGACGAGAGGCAACCGAGCGCGAGCCUGAUCCGCAUGUGGAGGGUCUGGCGCACCACCAAGGAGAUGAUGAACGAUCGCGGCUACCAGGUUCUCGAGGACGACAUGAACAUGCCACUCGACGAGUUCGCCGACAAGUACGGCCGUGCCGACGGCGAGCCCGACCGCUCGAAGCUCAACUUCUCCGCCCAUCCCGGCGAAGAGAUGCUCGCAAAGUACACCCCCGUGGCCACCAAGAAGGACCCCGAGCCGCGACCGCAGAUCGGCACAAUAUGGGUCGAGUUCAACAGCGAUGAGAACGUUGGUCUCAAGCAGCUGCGCGACUACAUGCAGCACCUGGUCAACGGUGCCUUCUACUCGGGCAUCAUGGUCACCGUUAAGCCCAUGACCGGCAUGGCCAUCCGUCUGCUGCGCGGCUCCGCCACCAUGAGCGAGGGCCCCAAGGGCGGCGUCGAGGUCUUCGUCGAGCAGGACCUGCUGGUCAACAUCACAAAGCACGAGCUGGUCCCCAAGCACGUGCUACUUAGCGAAGAGGAGAAGCUGCAGCUACUCAAGCGCUACCGUCUCAAGGCCACACAGCUUCCCAGGAUCCAGUCCACAGAUCCCGUCGCAAAGUACCUCGGCCUGAAGCGCGGAGCUGUCGUGAAGAUCAUAAGGAAGUCAGAGACUGCUGGUCGAUACGCCAGUUAUCGAUGGGUCAUCUGACGUGGUAGAAGCAGAGGGCUGAGCAGAACCCAAGGGCAUGAGUCGCAUGUAGCCAUAUCAUUGGCGAGCAGGACCUAUAACGCGGCCCUCAAGACACCGCGAGGGCACGUGGAGGAGAGGUGGGCGCAGAUUCAUAUUGCGAGGCGUUUGGCGAACGGGCACGGCACCCUUGAGGACGAUUGGCAUUUGCAAAAAGCAAGACGGGCGUCUUUUAUGUAUACCACUGAAAGCAUACAAUUCACAGCCAUCUCCAACCAGAGCUUUGUCACUGGCAGUGAUAUUGCAACAAUAUCACACACAAAAAC